CAAAACUCAUAAUGAGUAAAUCAGUCGAAAAUUGACUUUUCUUUUCAUCCUAUCAAUAUCUCUACUAUUUAAGUCAAUUACUCAUUUUAAUCUUUUGUUUUUUGUUUAUUUCAUCAUUUUAGAUUUUCAAAGUAUAAUGUUACUACAUAACAUGAUGAACUCUUCCUAAACCACAUUCUUAAAGGAAAACAUCGACGACAACAACAACAACAACAACGACAAAAGUAACGACAAUAAUAAUAAUAAUAAUAACAAUCAUUAUUCAUGUCUUUAAUGACAGCUGAUUUAUCAAAUCAAAUUCCAACUGUAUUAAUAAUGUUAGGAAUUAUAUGUUUAAUUGGAAUAUUUGGUAAUACACUUGUAAUUAUUGUAUAUUCAUUAAAACAAGAUCGUUUAACAGCUACAUUAUUUAUACUUAUAUUAGCUAUAUCAGAUUUUUUAGCAUGUGUUACCUUAAUACCUGGUACAAUGAUUAUAGAAUAUCUUGAAUGGAAUAUUGAUUCAACAUUUUUAUGUAAAUUUUAUUAUUUUAUAAAUAAUACUUUUAUACCAUUCAGUAGUUUAUUAAUUAGUUGUAUAGCAUUUGAUAGAUAUUUUUGUUUAUGUCAUCCAUUUAAAAAUAUUUUAACAAGAGAACGAGCUAAACGUGUCAUUUUAAUAUUGAUAUUUAUAUGUAUUAUAUUAGGAUUUAGUUCAACAUUUACUGUUCGAGUUGAACAAGUUCAUUUCGAUACAAAUAUAAACAAUAAUAAUGAUAAUAAUAAUCGUCAUAGUAACAAAACUAUGGAUUAUAAUUCAACUAUCAAAUAUGAUUAUUCAUUUAGUUCAUAUUAUAAAAGUGAAAAAUUUGAAUGUACAGAAAUAUUAAAAUUAAAUCAUACAAUGAUAGAAACAGUUUUAUAUCAGAUUGUACAAAAAAGUCAAACAUGCAGUUAUAUUUUAUGCAUUCUAUGUGUCGUUACACUUUAUAUAUUGAUUUAUCGUUCAGUAUCAAAAGUAUUUAAAAAACGUUUAGAAUUAAAAGGUGUAAAAAAAGAAAAUAAAAAAACAAAAAAAAAUCAUGAUAACAAUAAAAAAAAGAAAAACUAUGAAUUUACAUUUAAAAAUUUAUUUAAUUAUCAAUCGAAAAAAAUAAAAAUAUCCCCAAUGAAAUUAACAUUAACAAAUCAAGUUAAUUCAUUCACUCAAUGUGAUGGAUUUAAUCAACAUAUAAAUAAUACUAUAAUAUCUGAAUCAAAUUAUAUGGAAACAAUGAAACCAUUAAAUGUUUUAUCAUGUAAUACUAUUGAUAUAAAAAAUAAUGAAGAAAUGAAUGAUCCAUCACAAAAACACGAUCAUCAUCAACGACAACAACAACAACACCAACACCACGAACAACAACAACACCACCACCACCAUCAUCAAGAACAACAACAACACCACGAACAACAACAACACCACCACGAUCGUCAAGAACAACAACAACACCAACACCAUCAUCAAGAACAACAACAACACCACCACGAACAAGAACAACCACAAACAAUAAAAUCAAAGACAUUAGUUCCUAUAAAUUGUUAUAAUAAUACAGAAUCAGUAAUGAUUCAACCAAUUACAUUAAAUUAUGAAACUAAUUUAAUAAUAAAUGAAGAGAAAACACGUCGUUCAAUGAAAACAAUCAAAGAUAAUAUUGCAUUUCAAAAUUUAAAAACAGCAGCAAUGUUAUUUGUUGUAGCUGUUGUUUAUAUUGUAACAUUUAUACCAGCUAUGUUAAUGGCUAUACAAUAUGUACCAUUAUAUUUACCAAUAUUUUAUUUAUAUUAUAUAAAUAAUGCAAUUAAUCCAAUUAUAUAUGGUUUUAUGAAUCCAAAUUUUCGAGCUGAUAUCCAUCUACUUAUUUGUCAAAAAUUAAAAUGUAUAUAA